AUGGCCCUCGACGCAGUGCGCACGUCGUUUCUUGCAUGGGACCGGCAGUUGUGCCUGGAUCUGCGCCCGCCUGCGGCCUUUCAGCAGGGCCAUAUUGCUCAUGCGGUCUCGAUCGCAGGAAUCGACGCGUUGCGCUCGCGGUUCAGUACCUUGCCCCCACGUGGUGUGCCGUUUCUUCUUGUAUGUGACGCACAGGAUCACGACCUCAUCGCCUCCACGUUUGUGCCUACCGAGAGAUGGGCCAUUGCCGCGAUCUUUGCGAUUGGUACGGAGGCGGAAGGCGCCGUGGCCACGGCGCCAUACCCCACGUUUCUUCUAUCGCCUACGUCGUUCCAAGCCUGGGCGGAGGCAGCACAGGUAUGGUCUUUGCAAGAUGAUACACCACACCUUUUGUUCACCCCGGCGCCCGUGAUUCAGCGCUGCGUAGACGCUCGUUUGCAUUCUGACCGGCCAGGGCCCUGUACGAUCCUGGAUCUAGGGUGUGGUGCAGGCCGCGACUUGGCGUAUGCCCUAGUACAAGCCCGCUCUGCACAGCAGGCCUGGCGGGGGACCGGGGUGGAUCGAUGGCGGGCGGCGCUGGAUCGCGCUUCCUUGCUCCUGUCGGACUUGCAUCUCAUGCAGACGUCUACCGAGACAGCUUGCGAGGGCUUUCUUCCUACGCAGCUCACUGAGGAUGGCUAUGCCAUCCCUCUUGGCCCCCGUGGCAGUGCGCCUUCGCCGCCUCAUACCCUCACAGACUGGGCCGUGCAUGUGCUGCCACGCCCGAUGUAUGACAUGCUAUGGAUCGUGCGGUUCUGGCCGCGUGCAUGCCUCCCCCACCUUCCGCGUCUUUUAGCGCCGGAUGGAUGGAUCGUACUGAGCCACUUUGUGCAUGCGCCGAUGGAUGUGGACAUCGAACGACGUGGUACGGUCCUUGCUACCUAUGACGCACCGCCUAUCGACGCACGGAUCCAGCCGGGUGAGAUUGAGGCCCUGCUAGCGCGCUGGACCGCUGAUUUUGGGCCGUGCCGUGUGCGUGAGCAUCUUAUUGAGCCUAUUGAAGAUGGGCGGCCUGUGUGUACCCUUGUUGUGCAGUGCCGAUGUACGUAG